AUGGCCGCCGUGCCCGCCAGCAGCAGUACCAGCAGUACCAAAACUCGCGGCAGCAGCAACAGCAGCAGCACUCAAAGUGGCAGUAUUAGCGACAGCAGCAGCAGCAGUCGCAGUAGCAGCAGCAGCAGUCGCAGUAGCAGCAGCAGCACGUAUGAGCCAACGAUCUAUACGCUAUUGCUCACUGUAAUGUGUCUCCUACUCGCGCUGUUCCUCCUCAUGCGGCUGUUCGUGGCCCUUCGCAACAAGAACAAGCUGCUCGCGUGGUCCACUGGUUUCUACCUUCUCUGUCUACUCUGGACGGGCGUGCGCGCUGCUUACUGGAUCAUCAUGUCGACGCAGCCCAGUAUGCGCUACUUGACGCUCUAUUUGCUCUACUGGUCGCCCACGCCCAUUCAGUUUGCCAACUUCUCGCUGCUCAUUCUGUUCUACAUCCAAGUGCUCACAGGACCAGAGUGGCGCUCCAAGUGGCGCAGCGUCUGUUUACCGCUCUACCUCUUGCUGACCAUGACCAUGGCGACGUUCACGGUAGUCUGGGCUUUCAAUUCGUCGUAUGACAUCUCGAACGCAGCACGAAGAGGAGACGAGUACGACCAAGAGUUCUCGAAGGUGUCGGACGUUUCUGUGCAGCUCAAGUACUCGGCCUUCUCCUUUUUCCUCCUGAGUAUCCUCUUUGGUUUCUUUGGGUGGAAGAUGGCCAAUGUAGAAAGCUGGAAGCGAAGACGACUGCUUCUGUCGAGACCACGGAGCUUGGCGGUGAUCAACUCGUUGCUGUGUCUCAUUUUCUUCACAAGAUCGGUUCGGGAUCUAGCAACGUCUCAGAGCUGGUUUCUUAGCAUCUGGAACAACUUGGACAUGAACGGCCGCGUGACGACCGUCGCCUACUUUGUCUACUUCUGCUUUUGGGAGUUUUUACCGACCAUUCUGUUGCUAUGCUUGAUUUCAUCAAAGGCCGGUGGCGUGGGAGCUCCAAAGCACGGACCUACGUCGCAAAAGCUACCUGACUACGGUAUCUUUCACAUCAUCAACACUGGAGAGCGCAAGCAGCUAACCGCAAGUCCGCUUGCCACGAGCGCCUAUAGCUCCUACGGAACUCGGGCAGAAGUCUCAGCCGGUUUCGAACGGCAGCACGAGCGUGAACGUCCUCGAUGGACGCACGGUGGCGACCUUUUUCAAGAUCCUUUGCGGUAUGAUUCGGAUGAUGGCCCAGCGCCAUCACCAUAUUAUUUUCCCGAUAGCUACACUAGUGAUGCGAGCAACAGCAAUUACAACUACGAACGAGUACCACGCUAUUCAGCUGGAAUUUAA